AUGGACAACGACGAUGGCGCGACAGAGCAGCGCGACCAGCACUCGGCGCUUCGAGACCACGCAGCAGCAGACACGAGCGCAGGUACUCCAAACAGACCUUCACACAGCCAACAUCCCUCUCGACAAUCGUCUGUGGAUGAAAGCAACCAUCCCGAUCGACCUCAUGCCACACCACGACGUCAAGGGAGCGCUCAUCGGCGAUAUAAACGGACCGCCUGCUUCGUCCAUUCUCUACUGGAUUCACGCGCUCGUAUGGACCGGCCUAUGGCGAGUCAUGGCACCUCUGAGCCAUCGUCUCGACCAGACUCACCGCCAGGCACACAUACACCCAUCGACCAGAAACGCGCCCUGACAAAGAAGGAAGUCAGUGACAUGGCACUUGGCGUGCGUGAACUCUCAAAACACCUCGGUGCAGCGCGUCUCAAGCUCAAGAUCCAUUCGAUCCUCGUGCUUGCGAAACCAGGCGAUCAUAGUCUCGUCAAGCUCAUGGCGGAUUUGUGUGGUUGGCUCCUGUUGCAGCAAAAGGAGCGCAAAUCCUCUAAUGGCAAUCACAGUAGUGGCUCUGAGAAAACACUCGGGUACACCGUGUACAUUGAGAAACGCUUUGAAGAGGAAGAAGCCGUCAAGGAACUCGCUGCACAGGCACAUCAUCCCGGGAAAAUCAAGUUCUGGACCUCUGAAUUAUGCACGAAAUCACCACACUUGUUUGAUUUGGUACUGACGUUGGGUGGUGAUGGCACAGUCUUGCAUGCUUCAUGUUUAUUCCAGCGCAUCGUCCCACCAGUCUUGAGCUUCGCUUUGGGAUCUCUUGGGUUUCUGACCAAUUUCGACUUCAAGGACUACCCAAAGCAAGUCUCGAGUGUCCUGCAAGAGGGCGUCACGGCUGCAUUGCGUAUGCGUAUUGAAUGCGCCGUGUUUCGAGCAGCACGAGACGCAAAUGGACAACUCAUCAAUAAGGAAGAUACAUUGCAUGCCGAUCUCGUGGCAAUGGAUAAACAUGGUGAUGCCGUCUCAACCAGUCACAAGUUUGAUUUGUCCUUCAAUGUGCUGAAUGAUAUGGUCGUGGAUCGUGGACCGAAUGCACAACUCUCCUCCCUCGAGUUAUUUGGUGAUGAUGAACAUUUGACGAGCAUCUCUGCAGAUGGCGUGGUUGUGUCAACGCCCACUGGCUCAACAGCGUAUUCCCUCUCUGCCGGCGGCUCUCUCUGUCAUCCCGAGAUACCCACCAUUCUCAUCUCGCCCAUUUGUCCUCACACACUAAGCUUCCGACCACUCCUCGUGCCAGACUCCAUGGUCCUUCAAGUCGCGGUUGCCUAUGACUCGCGUUCAACAGCAUGGGCGAGUUUCGAUGGUCGAAAUCGCGUGGAGCUGAAGCAGGGUGACUAUGUACGUGUCUCUGCUAGCAGAUUCCCCUUUCCAACGUGUUUGCGAGGGAAACAGACGGGUGAUUGGUUUGAGUCUAUUGCAACGAAGCUCUCAUGGAAUGCAAGGAAGAGACAGAAGCCGCUUGAUUGUUAG